AUGCAUUGGGAGUGGAAGAAUUGCCCAGCUCCUUGGGCAGGACAAUAUACGCGUGGCUCUGCAAAACCAACAAUUGUUUUAGAGGCCGUAGCUUCACAUGAUCUUUGGAUUUGGCAUGCGUUUUUUGGAUGCCCAGGUACCUUAAACGACAUCAAUGUUCUUGAUCGUUCACCCGUUUUUGAUGAUAUUUUACAAGGGCGAGCUCCACCAGUGAGUUACUAUGUCAAUGGACGAAAAUAUAAGUUGGCUUACUAUCUCACAGAUGGUAUUUAUCCUAAAUGGGCAACUUUUAUGCCAACAAUUAAAGAUCCACCUGAUCCCAAAUCAUCGUUAUAUGCUGCGUUUCAAGAACAUUAUCGGAAAGAUGUUGAACGAGCUUUUGGAGUCUUGCAAGCUCGAUUUGCCAUCGUGAAGAACCCGGCUCUUUUUUGGGAUAAGGAAAAGGUUGGAAAAAUUAUGAGAGCAUGUAUCAUACUGCAUAAUAUGAUAGUUGAAGACGAACGGAUGGAUACACUCUUAUCAAUGUAUCUGAAUUCGAGCAAGGAGGAGGAAGCACUUCACAAGUGGAUAAUCCGAUCUUUACGGAUAUGGAUACAACUCUAG